AAAAAAAAUUAAAAAAAAAAUAAAAAGGAGAGAGAGUGAGCCACCAGUGAUUGAUGAUGAUGAUGAUCUCAACUGUUGGCGAGGAAUGAGAGACCUUGUCAUCGUCUUCGGCUCCUCCUCCUCCUCCGUCAUAACCAAUCCUCACCACCACCACCACCGCCGUCGCUGCUACGCCACCGCACCGGAGCACAACCGUAAAACUAAAUACACUUCUUCUCUCACCAAGCAACUACACUCAGCUUCACUCUCCUCGUCGAACACUCUCUCAACUCACUUCCCUGACGCCGUAUCAUGGACUCCAGACGGCUCCGUAGAGUAUUACGCCGAUUUCGCCUCGAAGCUAGCCGAGGACGGCCGGAUACAAGACGUAGCUCUCAUCGCCGAGACCUUGGCUGCGGAGUCCGGAGCCACUGCGGCGCGAUUCGCUUCGAUAGUUGAUUCUGAUCUCUUAACGAAAGGGAUACAGUUGAAUCUUCGACAAGGGAAGGUGGAGAGCGUGGUUUACACUCUGAAGAGAAUUGAGAAGGUAGGGAUUGCUCCGUUGGACCUCGUCGAUGACUCGUCUGUGAAGUUAAUGAGGAAACAGUUUCGCGCAAUGGCUAACUCUCUGCAAGUUGAGAAAGCUAUUGACUUGAUGGAGAUACUUGCGGGUUUCAGAUUCAAAAUCAAAGACCUGGUGGAUCCGUUUGAUGUCAUCAAGAUUUGUGUUGACAUUUCUGAUCCUCAGUUAGCUCUUAGAUACGCAUGUCUUUUGCCGCAUACAGAGAUAUUGCUUUGUAGGAUUAUUCUUGGUUUUGGGAAGAAAGGAGAUAUGGGCUCUGUAAUGACAGCGUACGAAGCCUGCAAACAGAUUUUAGAUGCUCCUAACAUGUAUAUAUACCGCACUAUGAUAGAUGUUUGUGGCCUCUGUGGUGAUUAUGUCAAAUCGAGGUACAUAUAUGAGGAUCUUCUGAAAGAAGACAUUAAGCCAAAUAUUUUUGUUAUGAACAGCCUAAUGAAUGUUAAUUCCCAUGAUCUUGGGUACACACUAAAAGUAUACAAGAGUAUGCAGAAACUUAAUGUUACAGCUGACAUGACAUCCUACAACAUACUACUGAAAACAUGUUGCCUGGCUGGACGAGUUGAUCUCGCCCAGGACAUAUACAAAGAAGCAAAGCGAAUGGAAUCCUCUGGACUACUCAAGUUGGACGCCUUUACAUAUUGUACUAUUAUAAAGGUUUUUGCAGAUGCAAAGAUGUGGAAAAUGGCUCUGAAAGUCAAAGAGGAUAUGCAAUCUGUUGGUGUAACCCCAAAUACUCACACAUGGUCGUCGUUAAUCAGCGCAUGUGCCAACGCAGGUUUAGUAGAGCAGGCAAAUCAAUUAUUUGAAGAAAUGCUUGCAUCUGGGUGUGAGCCCAAUUCUCAAUGUUUCAACAUCCUACUGCAUGCUUGCGUUGAAGCUUGCCAAUAUGAUCGAGCCUUUCGUCUUUUUCAAUCUUGGAAGGGAAGCUCAGCAAAGGAACCCUUAUAUGCAGAUGAUAUAAGUAGUAAAGGAGGUUUUCUUAGCCCAAAUAAAUUAAACCAUCAUGGUCCAGGGUCUUUGGUGAAAAGCAAUUCUUCACCUUAUAUCCAAGCUUCAAAUAUAUUUUUCUUCAAGCCAACAACAGCGACAUAUAAUAUACUGUUGAAAGCCUGUGGUACCGAUUACUAUCGAGGAAAAGAAUUGAUGGACGAGAUGAAGAGCCUAGGUCUUGCACCUAAUCAAAUAACAUGGUCGACUUUGAUUGAUAUAUGUGGAGGUUCAGGCGAUGUUGAAGGUGCCGUACGGAUUUUGAGAACUAUGCAUUCAGAUGGAACCAGACCUGAUGUUGUUGCCUACACAACAGCUAUCAAGAUUUGCGCGGAAAAUAAAAGUUUGAAGCUGGCAUUUUCUUUGUUCGAGGAGAUGAGGAGAUAUCAGAUAAAGCCAAACUGGGUGACCUAUAAUACGCUUCUCAAAGCGCGAAGCAAAUACGGUUCUUUACUUGAAGUGCGGCAAUGCUUAGCCAUAUAUCAGGACAUGCGAAAAGCAGGGUAUAAACCUAACGAUCACUUUCUCAAGGAACUUAUUGAGGAGUGGUGCGAAGGAGUCAUUCAGGAAAACAGCCAAAGCCUAAACAAAGCAAGCGACCAGGAAGGUACUGACUUUGGGAGACCUGUAAGUCUACUCAUUGAAAAAGUAGCUACCCACUUGCAAGAGAGAACAUCCGGACACCUUGCAAUUGACCUUCAAGGACUUACCAAGGUUGAGGCUCGACUUGUUGUUCUAGCAGUUUUGCGAAUGAUCAAGGAAGACUAUACGCGAGGUGAUGUUGUGAAAGAUGAUUUGGUGAUCAUCCUAGGAACCUGUGAAGCAAAUACCGAUUCAGGGAAGCAAGAGAUUGAUGUGAAAGAUGUGCUAGUAAAGCUCCUAAAAGAUGAAUUGUCUCUUGUGGUUCUUCCUGCUGGACAAAGACCUGUGCUAGAUAUAACACAGGAUGCCCGGCAUGUGGAUGAUGAUGCAGACCAAAAUACAGAAGAUACUUCAAAGAACACCAAGUGGAUUGUUGGUAUAUCUUCAACGAGGAGGCCUGCAAUUCUGGGGAGGUUGAUGGUGACAAAGGCGUCGCUGCAUAAGUGGUUGCUGCGCAAAAAGUAGUUGAUUCUGACUGGUACAUACAACUAAUCAUCUUUGUAUUCUAUGCAAAUUUCAAACUAAAUUGCAGAAAAUAAUGAGUAAAGAUUGCAAUAUCUCGAUUCAAACAUUGUGUACAUUCAGAAUAAAGCAGCUUACAAAUAUCUU